AUGGGCCUGCAUAACAAGACUGUGGUCACGGAGUUUAUACUGGUUGGAUUAACAGAAAGCGCCAGGCUAAAAUAUAUUUUGUUUGCCGUCUUCUUCUUUAUUUACAUGUUGACUCUGUUUCAGAAUGUGGGACUUAUAGUGCUCAUCAGCGUGGACAGGAAACUUAAAACUCCUAUGUAUAGUUUCUUGCGCCACUUAUCGUUCCUUGACAUCUGCUACUCGUCAACAGUCAUGAUCAGGUUGCUGAAAGACUUAUCCUCAUAUAAUACAUCCAUAUCCAUUGCUGGAUGUGAGCUUCAGAUGCUGUCCUAUAUAGGGUUUGGAGUAACUGAGUGUUUCCUUCUGGCAGCCAUGUCGUACGACAGAUACGUGGCCAUAUGCCACCCACUGACCUACCUACAAAUAAUGAGCAGGCAGACCAUCGUGAUCCUACUGGUGUUCUCCUACUUAGGAGGCUUGAUAAACGCAAUAUUUUUAAAAUAUAUUUCAAAUAUAUUUUUCUUCCAUCAACGCCCGUAUGUUCACCACUUCUACUGUGACGUCAUAGCGUUAAUUGAGAUUUCCUGUGGUGACACCACACUGAACCAAAUGGUCCUCUUUUCCUUUGUCAGUUUUAUUGAGUUCUCAUCUCUGUUGGUGAUCCUUGUGUCCUAUUUGUACAUAAUUGUAUCUGUCUUACGUAUCCGUUCUUCCAAAGGACGCAAGAAGGCCUUCUCUACUUGUGCUUCUCAUCUGACGGUGGUGACUUUAUUUUAUGGAACUGUCAUGUUUAUGUACCUCAGACCUUCAACUGCCUACAGCCUAGAGCAAGACAAAGUGGUUUCUGUGUUUUACACUAUAAUCAUUCCUUUUCUAAAUCCUUUAAUAUACAGCCUGAGGAAUCGAGACGUGAAGACUUCUGCCAAAAAAUUGGGAAUUUCCCUACUAAAGAAAGUUAGAAGCCUUGCUGUGCUUUAA